CAUAAUUUUGGUCUGAAAUGUGCUGCACUUUGAAAGUUAUUUACCAACAGCAGCCAUCAACCGCACGAUCAUCAUUUCCGCAGAUUCUCCCUCCGAUCUCCUCUCCCUCCGAUCCGAAACCCUCAUCGCCAUGGGAGAAUCUCGUGACUCCUUCGUCCACCACGCUCUUGGCGGCGGCGCAGUUGCAGAUGUGCUGUUAUGGAGGACAUGGCAUGGGAGUGUCACUGUGCUCUUAGGUUCCUCUGCUUUUUGGUUCCUAUUUGAACGGGCCGGCUAUAAUAUACUGUCCUUUGUCUCCAAUGUGCUUUUGCUUCUAGUCAUAAUCCUCUUUUUCUGGGCCAAGUCUGCUUCACUUCUCAACAGACCCUUACCUCCCCUUCCUGAUAUGGAGAUUUCGGAAGAGAGCAUUGCAAAUGCUGGUGAAGUGAUGCGUGUUUGGGUUAACCAAGUACUAGCAAUAGCACAUGACAUUGCCAUUGGAGGGAAUGUUCGGCUUUUUGUUCAGGUUGCUUUCGGCUUGUCAGCAAUUUCAUAUGUUGGAAGCUUCUUCAACUUUCUAACUCUGAUCUACCUGGGAAUUCUUUUCAGUCUAGCUAUACCUCCACUAUAUGAGAAAUACCAAGAUCAGAUUGACGAUAAGCUUAUUUUGGCGCAUAAUUUAAUCCUAUCACAGUAUAGGAAAAUCGAUGUUACAAUUCUGAAAAAGAUUCCCAUGCAUCUAAACAAAGAAAAGAAGAUUCAGUAGUAAAAAAAGGAUGGGCUGCCCCGGUGCUACAUAGUAUAGAGAGUGCUGAUAGAAUGCAAAUACCCUUUUUUUUAUUGUUGUUGUUGAGAUGUAACUAAUUGUGGUAAUUCAUAUGUUUGGCAUUUGAACAAAUGCAAGUUUUCUAUUGUGCUUUGGAUAGUCGAUUGUUUGCGGUGUUCGUUGUUGAUUCAUUUUACGACUCUGAUGUUCAUGGCUUUCCAUUGCAACCUCGUGUGCUGUUCCUUUUUUGUGUGUGGGGGAGAAGAACAAUAUCUUGAAAUGCCCGUGAUCGAAUCUACCUGGUGUUUAAGAUUGUAAACAAAUCGAAUCAAACCAAAGCAUUUAAAUCUAUAUUUGUUUAUUUUUUUUGAAUUCAAAUAUGAAACAAAUUUUAAAUGAGUUUUUGUUUGAUUGAUAUUCAAAUAAUUAAUGAAUAUCUAAGUAGUGG